AUGUGCACCUACUAUUACCUCCACUACCAUCACCUCCCGCCGUGCGCGCGAGACAUUGACUACGCCGUGCAUUACUCAUACUGUCCCAACUCGACGACGGAGCGUUCCGUCAUGAUGCAACAGCCGUGCGACGAUCUCACCUACGCGCCCGAGUUCAACCCCAUCGAGGGCAUCGACUACAACAACCCGUGCGCGACUGGAGGCUGCCUCGUCUCGCAGCAGUGCAGCUCGGGCGGGUGCCGGCUCGAGGACCUGGGCAACAGGUGGGUCUGCUGCCAAUGCAGCCGCGGCGGCAACACCUUCCGCUGGUGUUCGCAUCCGAUGAAGAAGGUUCCCGACACGCUGUGCUAUCACGUCGUGUGCCAGAACUGCUGGGCUGACAGCUAG